AUGAUUAUGUGUAUUAAUAUUGCCACUGGUUUAACGUGCGCGCCUGGCUACUGUCUUUCGAAACAUGGCGACUGUGUUCAAGAUGGAGAAGAUUGUUUUGAUUACGACGGAACAACAACAGCAUCUACAACAAAAACUGACGAAGAACCAGAUGUGUUCGAUGAGUUCGUCGGUGAUAAGCGACGUGGGGCACAUAGAUCAGUUAGGCGAGCCCAGCCAACAUUAAAUCCAAAAGAUUAUAUAUUCGAUUUUUUGAAUUCAAAAACGGGUCGAGCGAACGGAACCGGUGGUCAAGCCGUUGCAGCAACUAGUCAGAAUUUUCCGGCACUAAUGUCUAAUGGUAUGGCAAUGACCGUCGGAUACAUUGGUCCGUGUGGCAUCAAUUUACCGCACACUCAUCCGCGUGCGACCGAAAUGAACCUCAUUCUUGAGGGUCAAUUUCAGUCGGGCUUCUAUGAUUUCAACACAAAGUCAUUCGUUAUGAAUGUAGUCAAAAAACACAUGGUAUCGUUAUUUCCUCGUGGCGUCAUCCAUUUUGAACAGAAUUUGGGUUGUCAGCCAGCCACAUUCGUCGCUGUAUUCAAUUCAGAUGUUCCUGGUGUUCUUACAAUAGCUGACGGAUUUUUUGGUCUACCAGCCGAAAUUAUUGGCGCCUCAUUAGGCGAUUUGAAAAUACAAUCAGUUGACGAUCUGAGAAAAUAUCUACCAAAAAAUCCCGCUCUCGGCAUUGAGAGUUGUCGCCGACGUUGUCGUUUACCGUAA